AUGACCGGUUUUCCGCCCACUGCCGACUGCAUCUACAUCACGGGCCCUACGGCUAGUGGGAAGUCGACCGUGGGCGUCGAACUGGCCAAACUCGUCGGCGGAGAGAUCAUUUCGCUCGACUCGAUGGCCGUGUACCGCGGGAUGGACGUGGGCACGGCCAAGCCGGGGCCGGAGGAACGCGGCGGUGUGGAGCACCAUCUGAUCGAUAUUCUGGACCCAGCGGAGGAUUUCAGCGUCGCUCAGUAUGUGGCAGCCGCGGAGGAAAAGGUUCGCCAGCUUCGCGAGCGGGGCCGAGAGCCGCUGUUCGUGGGUGGAACCCCCUUGUACUUGAAGGCCCUGCUGCGAGGUAUCUUCGAGGGGCCGGAGGCCGAUUGGGCGUGGCGACGAGAGCUGACCGCCGAGUCCGCCCGUCACGAGCCCGGCUGGUUGCAUGCCCGACUGGCGGUCGUCGAUCCGCCUUCGGCCGAGCGUUUGCACCCCAACGACACCCGGCGGUUGGUCCGGGCACUGGAGGUGUAUCACAAGACGGGCCGUCCGAUGAGCCACUGGCAGCAACAGUUCGACCGUGGACGCCCGGCAGAAGAGUGCGCCGUGUUUUGGCUCGAUUGGCCCCCGGAGGUGCUCGCCGAGCGAAUCAACCGGCGGGUGGAUGCGAUGUUCGCCGAAGGGCUGGUCGCGGAGGUCGAGGCACUGACCCGGGAGGGAAAGACUCUGAGCCAUACGGCGUCUCAGGCCUUGGGUUACCGCGAAGUGCUGGCUCACCUGGCCGGCGAGUGCGAGUUGCCGGAGACGAUCGAAUUGGUAAAGACCCACACCCGACAGUUCGCCAAACGCCAGCGGACAUGGUUCCGCAGCCUAAGCGAGUGCCAGCGGGUUGAGAUGACCGCGGGUGAGAGCGCCGCAGCGGUGGCCGCUCAGUUGGCCGAACAUCUGGGCGGCCGGGGUAUAUUCCCCCUGAAUCCGGCUGGUCGGCAUCCUUCGCGCCCUGCGGUCGCCGGUCUACAAUGCGGAGCUUUGGCGGCCAGGCUCUGGUCGGUGGUUGGUGCCCAACAGGGGAGUUCUGCGGUGCUGCGGACACAUACGUGUGGUGAGCUGCGGCUCGAACAUGUCGAUCAAACGGUAACGAUUAGCGGCUGGGUUGACACCUAUCGCGAUCAUCGAGGGAUCCUCUUCGUCGAUCUCCGCGACCGGUACGGGAAAACCCAGAUCGUCUUCGGGCCGGAAAGUGGCGAGGAAAUUCAAAACGCUGCCCGAACUUUACGGGGUGAAUUCGUCAUCUCCGUAACCGGCCGCGUGUCGAAACGGCCCGAGGGUACGGCCAACCCUGCAUUGCCAACCGGCGAUGUGGAGCUGCGGGUCGAAAAGCUGGACAUUUUCAAUAAGUGCGCCACGCUUCCUCUUCAGCCCACGGCAUCGGAAACGCCGGGUGAGGACAUCCGCCUGCGGCACCGCUACCUCGACCUGCGUCGCCCUGUGAUGCAGCAGACCAUGCUGCUGCGUGGUCGGCUGGUAAAGAAGAUGCGCGACUACUUCGAGAAGCUGGGCUUCAUCGACGUAGAAACCCCCAUGCUCGGGCGAAGCACGCCUGAGGGGGCACGCGACUACCUGGUGCCAAGCCGGGUGAACAAGGGCACCUUCUACGCCCUGCCCCAGUCGCCACAGCUCUACAAACAAAUUCUGAUGGUCGCGGGCUACGACCGCUACGUGCAGGUGGCCCGAUGCUUCCGCGAUGAAGACCUGCGGGCCGACCGUCAGCCAGAGUUCACGCAGUUGGACAUGGAGAUGUCGUUUGUCGAGGUCGACGACGUGAUCAACGUCAUCGACGGAUUGGUGGCCGAAGUGGCCGAGCAGUUCCUUGGCAAAAAGGUAUCGCUGCCCCUGCCGCGGAUGACUUACGACGAAGCCAUGGAGCGGUUCGGGCACGACGCCCCGGAUCUUCGCUACGGCAUGGAGUUGGUCGAUGCGACCGAUCUGGCGGCAGCGACCUCCUUCCGUGUGUUCCGUGGUGUGGCCGACGGCGGAGGACGUGUACGUGGAAUCAACGUUAAGGGCGCGGCUGAGAAGUACUCCCGUAAGGGCAUCGACGAGCUGACUGCCUUCGUGCAGCAAGACUUUGGCGCGAAGGGGAUGGCCUGGUUCAAGGUCGAUGCCGACGGGACGCUGAAUUCGCCGAUCGCGAAGAACUUCGAGGAGAACAUCCUCAAGAAGAUCGGACAACGCUUCGAGGUCGAAACCGGCGACCUGUUGCUGUUUAUCGCCGACGAAUUCGAGGUGACCUGCAAGGCGCUGAAUGGUUUGCGCCGGCGGCUGGCCGAUGAAUUGAAGCUGUACGACCCCAACGAGAUGCACUUCUCCUGGGUCGUGGAGUUCCCGAUGUUCGACUACGACGAGGAAGAGAAGGUGUGGGCGGCGAUGCACCAUCCCUUCACGGCUCCCCGUCCGCAAGAUGUGCCGUUGCUGGCCACCGACCCUGCGAAGAUGCGGGCCCAGGCUUACGACCUUGUGAUCAACGGCUUGGAAGCCGGCGGAGGCACGAUCCGAAUUCACGACCAGAGCGUGCAGAAGCAGGUCUUCGAAGUUCUGGGGAUCGACGAAACCAUGGCCAAAGAGCGGUUCGGGUUCCUGUUGGAAGCCUUGCAGUACGGGGCUCCGCCCCAUGGUGGAAUCGCCCUGGGGCUUGAUCGCUGGGUGAUGUUGUUCGGAAAGCGCGACAACAUCCGCGAUACGAUCGCCUUCCCCAAAACGCAACGAGCCACGGACUUGAUGACCGGCGCACCCAGCGCGGUCGAGGCGAAGCAAUUGCGAGAUUUGCAUAUCAAGGUCCACGCGCGUUAG